CAGAGCUGUCAAGCCAACAGAGGAGGCUGCUAGCUGCACAGUGAGGUCUCUAAUGUCGUCUGUUUGGUUGGUAUUUAAAAAAAACAAGCUCGUGCACACAGCUUCUGUACUUGUGUGUUGUGUAAGAACAGUUUUGAGUCCAUAGUCUCGAGAUCCAGGAUGGCUCUGGCAGACGGCAAGGUGCUGGUUCUGGGAGCGUUGGCUGGAGUGGCUGGUGUCAGUUUGGCUGUGAUGUGUUACCAGGGCUUUAGUUCACGACGAAGAGCCUCUUGGGCAGGGCCAUACUCCCUGCCAAUGGGUCAGGUUGAGGUGCUGGAUCGCCUCGAGGCCCUACACCAGUGUGUAUCUGAGCUCAAGGAUGAGAUGAAGGCAUUGAAGAGUGCUCUGCCUACACUGCAAGAGCAAGUCAGGGAGGAGCUGAGGGGGCGUGAUGAAGCACGGCGAGCCAGCCCUCUGCACAGGACCACGCCAACACGGAGGAAAAGAGCUGUGGGCGCCAUCAGUAGCACCAGAGCUGAGGCUCGGAGCUCAGAAGAGGCAGAGAGUGAGGGAGGGUAUAUGACUGCUCUGACAGACUCUGAGGAUGAAGAGAUAAGUGAUGAAGAACAGAGGGAGGAAGAACAGCCUGCGGACAAGUUAUCGAUUCUCCUUGAGAGGAUCGACUCUUUGCACCAUGGCACUGAAUCGGACAAAAGAGAGAGUCUCAACACACUUUUGGAGCACAGAGAGGCGGAGUUUGGACAGAACUCAAGGCUUCUCUGGCGGCUGCUCCGAGCUUACUCUGAUGUUCAUGACGUCAGUGCCACUCUGGAGGACAAGAAGACCAUUGCACAAACUGGGAAGAAAGUUGGCGAGGAGGCGGUGAGCCUGAACCCCACAUGUGCUGACAGUCAUCGGUGGUAUGCCAUCAUGUGUGGAAUUAUGACGGAAUACGACACUGUGCAGAACAAGAUAAAGAAUGGAUACAUCUUCAAGGAUCAUCUGGAUAAAGCCAUUGAGCUGAACCCGCAAGACCCAUUGUCCUACUACCUGCUGGGCCGCUGGUGCUACUCCGUCGCUCAGUUGUCGUGGAUUGAAAGGAAAGUGGCGGCCACGUUAUUCGGAGAACCUCCAAGUGCCACAAUUGAAGAUGCCCUAAAUAAUUUCCUUAAGGUUGAGGAGAUCCAUCCAGGGUAUUCGAAAGUCAACUAUGUAUAUCUAGCCAAGUGUUACAGAGACCUGGGGCAGCGAGAAAAAGCCAAGACGAUGUGUGAAACGGCUUGUUCAAUGAAUUCUGUCUCCAAAGAGGAUGAAGACGCACAAAAGGAUCUGGAGUUUCUCUGCCCAGCGCUCGGAGUGUGAUGACUCAGCAGCUCAUUCAUUUGGACUUUUAAUUCUCUCUCUGUGUGUGUGUGUGUGGGUGGGGUGGGGUG